AGAUAAGCUGCUUAAACUUAAACAAAUGGAUUCAUGGCGGCUCUUUGAAGCUAUAACUCGUAGAAUUGCAGGCUGAACAUUUUGGGCAGCUUCCCCAGCCAGCGCAUAGUUACUAGCGUUAGCUUAUCUUCACGGUUGUGACUAUGACAAACAUGUUCGACACGUUCAUGUUAGCGCACAACGUAAGCUCGGUAACGUUAACGUCAGUUAGCGUUAAAAGCGAUUCUAUUUAACGUUAACUUUUCGUCUCCGGUUUAGUGUGACGUUUCAGGCAGUUUAAUACUGACUUGCACAUGUACGUUAGAAAGCCUGUAAACAGCUACUAAAGACGAUUCUUUCAACUCUUAAACAGCUGAUCCACAAAUGUUCCUGCGCCAAUCAUUUGUGUAAACGAACAGGUUUAAAUGAAAUGGUUUGAUGGCUUAUCUUCAUUUUACACGCCGAAUUUACAAUGCGCCAUUAUUUAUUCUUCAACCAAAUGUACGUGAUGUUGCGACAUGGAUCUAUAUAAAGCCACGGUUAUCUGACAGAUAUUAAUGGAGUCUGGUACAGUAUGAGCGCUGUCAGACCAGCUCUCAGUAGAGACAGGACUGGAGGGAUCCGGUUCUGGUUCUGGAUCUGGACUUGUAACGUUACAUAGAGAGCGAUUAUUUCGGUUGUACAUAUUUAGGUGGGGGUUACUUGUUUUAAUGGGCAGUUAUUUUAGUAGAUAUACUGCAAUUGCAUAUGUGCUAUUUCAUAGAUUCCUGCUCAAUUCUCAACACAAUUCCAAUGAAUUGACUAUCUAGCACCUUCAUUAAAUGGCGUGUUUGCUGUGAACCUGAAAGGUUUAGUUUCUCUUCUGUUUUGUUGUCCAAUCUGGCACCAGAUUAGGACGUCAUGGUGGAGGGGAUACAGAUGUUUUUCAGUGCACUUGUACUUUUCAAACAGAAGCAGAUGAUGUUUGUAACCUCCACUCUGUGACAUGCGGAGUUAUUGCUCAAGCUUUGUUUGAACAAGGAGGUCUGGAGGAGUACUACUCAGCUUGUGUAUCCUCUGUGGGAUGUCAUAAAGCAACUCCAAGAAAACAACUAGAGAUGCAACAAUUAGUCAACUAAAUGAUUAGUCGAUGGACAAAAUACAUUUUGUUAACUCUUCAUUAAAGUAAUUAUUUUAUGCAAAGAUGGCAGAGAAUGUUUUCAGCCUUAGCGAUUUCCUGCUUUUCUUUGUUUUAUAUCAUAUUAAAUUCAAUAUUUUUGGGGUUUGGACUGACAAAACAAGACAUUUGCAACUUUGAGAAACUAGGAUGAACAAUUUUCACUAUCCUGACAUUUUUUAGAACAAACGAUGGAUCUUGAAAAUAGUCGGAAGAUUAAGCGAUAAUGAAAUAAAUCGUUAGCUGCAGCCCUAAAAACCAUUACCCCAAAUUCAUUCAAGUUCAUCUGGGAUAUGUCAUCGUCUGGUUGGGGUUGUGGUCAUGAGUGCGACAUUUCUUGCUCAGCCAGUUACUUUUAUUUUCAGGCUACAGGAGUGGAUCAAGCUGUUGGCAUGAGUCUUGUUGUCUUCAGCCUCCUGCUGUUUACAUACUACUCUGUGUGGGUCAUCAUCCUGCCUUUCGUGGACAAUGAUCACGUACUUCACAAGUAUUUUCUUCCUCGAGAGUACUCGGUGAUUGUGCCUGGCGUUGCAGCAGUGAUACUGCUGCUCUGUAUCGGGGCCUUCACUGCAGUUAUCAUGUGGAAGAACCGCAAGCCAAAGAAAGUGGACUAAUCUCAGGAUGGAGUGACUGCAGCCUCGCUGCUAAACCCUUUGGUGGCGCUGCAAGCAGAAUCAAACCUCCAUUCUCUGAUAAAUGCUGCUGAACAGCUGACCUUCAUGCUUCCAAAAUGAUAUGUGUUAAAAAGAAAGUUCCUCAUAUUUAUUUCAUAUUUUGGUUCCAUUUCAAGAUCUGUUUGAGUUGAUAAGUAAGCGUUAAAGCUUCUGUGUCCAAUUUGAAAAGCUUCCACUUCGGUGCCCCAGAGUGGCAGUAUAGCAAAAGAAACAGAAUUCAUUAAAAACACAACAAAGACUGCACCAGUGAAAAUAACUGAUUCUUUCUUUGUAAAAUAAUUCAUAUAGACUGAACAUUUUCCAAAGCUCACUGCUACUAUUGCUGUUCCGUGGUGUUUGGAUCAGUCGCUAUGUUCUCUCCUCUAGUGGGCAGAGAGUGUGAACGGGAAUCAUUAGCUGAAGAUUUAUAUCAAUGUCAUAUUUAAUAGACACAGCCCAAAUUGAAGACAACCUUGAUUAUAAGAGAACUCCCCUGUUGCAGUUAAGCAUGUAACAUGAGCUGUCAGAACACUUCCAGGUUUAACUGGACCAACGAAAGCCUUUUCUCUUGUUUCUCACUAACCCAGUAACAUGAAGGCUUUAAAUGACUCCUCACUCAGGAGGGAAGGCAGCUGAAAUAUGUGUCACUGUGUGGAAAGUGACAGAAUUACAACUUAAUUGAAAGCAGCAUGGAUCUUGAAUUCUGUAAAUAUUGACAAUGUGUCCAUUGUUGUAGUGUGAAAGUGUGAAUGAUGAUGAUUGUAAAUAGUUUUGGAUGCAAACCAGCAUUGUGUCCAACACACACACACCUACAGUCAGACUGGUAAUGGGGCCAAUGGUCCUUUUUCUUAGUUCAAUAAAAUGUUGAUGCUGGGAAAUGUGUUGCGUUUUUACAAAUGUCUUUUUAAUCUUCAUAUUUUCAUCUCCACAGUACAGUGGAUGCAGUGGCUCUAAUAGAAAUAGUCAUGGUAAUAGUGACACUAGCAACUGAUACCUAUGUUAGCAGAGAGCAGGUUUAGUAAUGGGGAUGGGGACUUGUCCACGUACUUGUGUUUGAUAGGGGACAAUAAGUGCAUGGACACAAUUAAAGUUCAAGGUUUCAUUUACUGUUAUUGCAACAUCGAAUUGCACAUCUCAAUGCCUACUGAAGCCCACUGGGAUGGAAACAAUAAAGAUCCUGCAAGUUAUAAUAAUGAGAAACUUUCUCCUAAUCAUAACUUGGGAAGGAGCAGGACUGGGCACCAGAUAUGAUGAAGACUGGAGGUGGAGGCACCAGAGAGGAGAACAGUUGUGAAGUUUGACAGCAAAGCUUCAGGACAUAGUGACAAAAUGUGGUUGUUAAAUUUAGGGUGAAAGCCCAUAUGCCUUUCUCAAUAUGCGUACUUGUCCGUACUGUGUUCUCUGGACUUGGGAGUCCAGACUCCAAAAGUAGACAAGUCCGUACUUGAUAAAUUAUGAAUGAAUGAGAGCGUAAAGAGAGUCUCUGACUGAACUUCUGCCAAGCUUCAUGACGGAAAGCUCCGGAAGUUUGAGUUGCAUACAAAUGCUUCCCCUACAUCGAUCAUGGUGGGCUGCUGCAGGCUGACAUUUUCUACUUCAGGCAAGUGGAGCAAAGAGCCAUUAUUAUGGGGACGCAGAGCGAUUAUUCUACCGGUGUUGUGGAAAAGGCUACUGCAGCAGCUACAUGCUGCUCAUUGUGGGAUAGUCCGCAUGAAAGAAUUAGCUAGAAGCUACUUCCUGGACUCGAUGGGUAACUAAAGAUCAGCCGCUGCACUCAGACUUCUGUCUCUGUAUAAUUAAUGUUAGUAUUAGUUGGAGAAAUACUAUAAAUGAUACAACAGCAUGUAAACAAUACAGAAGCUUCAUUAACUUCAACAUUAACCUUGCAUCUGUUUUCAUAGAUUCUUCACUGGUGACCAACAACGCUCUCGGGCUGUUCCAGUUAAUCAACUGAAUUUACUGGAGUUUUGGCAAACAAAAUUCGGCAUCGUUGUUCAUACAAGCACAGUUUGUUUUGCUCUAAAAUAUGUGAAUCUUAUGUCUUCCCACUUUUGAGAAAUUUGAGGACUGUAUAUUUUGAAAGAUGGAGAAACUCCAAAACUCCCUUUGCUGCUGUCCUCUCUUCUUUGUUCAGCAGGCUGCAGUUCAGUCACAUGACUGUUGGUCUUUGACAAGUCAUUCAUUGAUUUCCAGCUGAUGAGAGAAAUGGUUUAUUUUUUGCUAGAAUUGUUAAUGAGACAUGUAGAAAAAAACUGAUUUUGAUUAAAUAUCUCAAUUUUAAAGGGAAAAUUCAUAGAUUUCAUACCUUAUUUCUACCUAUCACAUUUAGGUAUAGUGUGAAAAACGUCUGCAGAUGUUACUCAUGUUUUCUGUGUCUCUGGGGUACAGCUGCAAAAUCUGUUGUUCCUCUGUAUACCAGUGAUGUGACAGUGAAGUACUUGUCAUAUGGAAGAAUCCAAGCUGUUUCAGCUGUUUCAGCGUGGAUUCUUGUCUCCGCCUCUGGGUAGCCGGAGGUUGUGCUUUAGAUGCUGCUCCGUCGCCAACCCAGAGAGAGCGAGCCUUGUGCGUGUUACUUUACAUGACAGUUUUAUUCCUCACAUGGAUGGAGGAGUGCUGGAGACCUCCUUCAGGAUCCGAAAGAUGAACUGGAAAAGACAACAAAGAACAUAGGGCCCAGAGGGCAGAUGACUGUGAAUGUGAAUUUUGUCCACUAGCAGCUAGUGCCACAGAGGAGAACUCAGCUUUCUCGUU